CGUAGUGUCAGCAGCUACCGUCACAUUUGGCUAAAUGAAAACAUAUCAGCUCCAGCUACAAGGCUGCUAACAGCUCACCGCUAAAAUCCCCUGACAGCACAACACCCGCAGAAGCUAACCUGGAAAACUGCAUGACUGGGGAUGUCUGCAGCCGACUGGUACGCCCACAAGUCGCUCGGAGACGGGCUCUUCUGGAUUCAGGAGCGAUUCUACCAGUCGGAUAAUCGGGCCAACAUCUGGCUCCUCCGCGGUACCCACCAGGACGUGGUCAUAGACACGGGUCUGGGCUUGAGGAGCCUACCUGACUACAUCGAUGCCAACGGGCUGCUCGGGAAAGACCCGCAGAGGAAGAACCCGCUUCUGGCGGUCGCCACCCACGCCCACUUCGACCACUCGGGUGGUCUGCAUCAGUUCCAACAGGUGGGCGUCCACAGCGCGGAGGUCGAUGCCCUGGCUAACGGGGACAACUUCGAGACGGUCACCUGGCUUAGCGACAGGGAGAUAACCGUGGCUCCCAGUCCGGGAUGGAGGGCGAGACACUACAAAGUCAAGGCUGUGCAGCCCACGCAUAUCCUGCAGGAGGGUGAUGUCAUUAACCUUGGUAACAGACAGCUGACUGUGCUUCACAUGCCGGGUCACUCACGGGGCAGCAUCUGCCUCCACGAUCGUGACAAUAAGCUGCUGUUCAGCGGAGACGCUGUGUAUGAUGGCGCCAUGAUUGACUGGCUGCCCUACAGUCAGGUCAGCGACUACAUCAGCAGCUGUGAGCGUCUCAUCGGAUUGGUGGACAGCGAGCAGGUUGACCAAGUCCUCCCAGGACACUACAACACUUUUGGAGCCAAACGGCUCCAUCGGAUCGCGUCCACGUACAUCAGCAGAGCCGACACGUGUCCUGCGAAGUUCUCCACGUUUGCCUGGAGAACUCUGGCUGGGCUGGCUUUGCGGGCGUCCAACCCUCGCUGUGCCUGCUAAUACGAGCGGAUCCCCGAAGCAGGAGGAAGCACAAGUUCACAAAGAAAUAUGCUUCAUUAUGGACCUACAAAUAUUUAAGAGAAAAAAAAAAAUCAACAGAACUUAUAAUUGCCAAACUCAUUAUAAACUGUCUCACUUGAGUCAAGAAGUAAAAGUAUUACACAGUUUACUAUUUAAUGUAUUGAUGUAUAUGUGAAUGUCAGUGUUGGUAUGAUUUUAAAUGUUUUUUAAUAUUUUAUGCGGAUGUAAACUUAUUAUGGCACAAUAAUAGUACAACAGUGCACUACAAUCAGACAACAGGGAGUUUUGGGUUCUUGUCUGCGGCAUUUCAGUCAGCAUGGCCAUACUUUUCUCUAUGCAGUCCGCAGUGAAGACCCAGCAGUGACUACCUCCUACGUUUGUAAUCGUGCUUGGUACUGUUGAUUAUUAAUCUAUGGCUUUGCUAGGAAAUCCCUGACAAUAAAGUCUUUGCUCGGCCUGA